AUGACUGUUGAAAUACCGAGUAAGGCGAAGCUGUCUCAGCUUACGUCUGAUAAACAACUCACAUUCAUAAAAUUGGCUGUUUUAUCGAUGGCAGCUAUUUUAUCUUUUGCAACACGCCUUUUUUCCGUUCUACGUUUCGAAAGCGUGAUACACGAGUUUGAUCCUUAUUUUAACUACAGAACAACUCGUUUCCUCACAGAGGAAGGUUUCUAUCAGUUCCACAACUGGUUUGAUGACAGAGCAUGGUACCCUUUAGGCCGUAUUAUUGGUGGGACAAUUUACCCUGGCCUGAUGGUGACGUCUGCUACUCUUUACAAUAUUAUGCAGUUUUUUAACAUAACAAUCGAUAUCAGAAAUGUCUGCGUAUUCUUAGCGCCAUUCUUCUCUUCCCUUACAACUAUUGUGACAUAUUUACUCACAAAAGAAUUAAAGAAUGAAGGAGCGGGUCUCGUUGCUGCGGCUAUGAUUGCAAUUGUCCCAGGAUACAUUAGCCGUUCAGUUGCUGGAAGCUACGACAAUGAGGGAAUUGCUAUUUUCUGCAUGUUACUAACGUAUUACUUCUGGAUAAAGGCAGUUAAUACUGGAACUAUCCUGUGGGCUACAAUGACUGCUCUAGCUUAUUUCUACAUGGUGUCAUCAUGGGGUGGUUAUGUUUUCCUGAUCAACCUGAUCCCUCUCCACGUAUUGGCUUUAAUGCUGCUGGGUCGUUUCUCAGCGCGAGUGUACGUCGCUUACAGUACCCUGUACUGUGUGGGCACAAUCUUGUCCAUGCAGAUAUCCUUUGUCGGAUUUCAACCGGUGCAAAGUUCAGAGCAUAUGCUUGCACUCGGCACAUUCGGUUUGUGCCAGCUGUACGCCUUCACUCAGUACUUGCGUGAACACUUGUCUCCGGCCAACUUUGAGUUGUUGUUCAAGGCGUUAUUGACAACACUGCUUGCAACUCUUGGCACUGCUAUUGUUGUUUUGACUGUCACUGGUAAAAUUUCACCAUGGACUGGCAGAUUCUACUCUCUGCUCGACCCUUCAUAUGCUAAGAACCACAUCCCCAUCAUUGCGUCGGUAUCUGAGCACCAGCCGACGUCGUGGUCAUCAUUCUACUUCGACCUGCAAGUUCUAGUGUUCCUGUUCCCCGCUGGAUUGUAUUUCUGUUUUACACGCCUCACCGAUGCUAACAUAUUCAUCAUAUUGUAUGGUGUUCUCAGCAUUUACUUUGCGGGUGUGAUGGUGCGUCUUAUGUUGGUACUUGCGCCAGUUAUGUGCAUCGUAUCCGGAGUAGCGGCUUCUAGUUUAUUGAGUUUACAUGUUAAAGAUAUUGAGCCAAAAGUCGAGAAACAUGAUAAGAAGAAGAAGCAUGAAAACAAUUUGGUGUUUAGAUCAGAGGUGGGCGCGAUGUUCGUAUGCGUGCUGGGCUGCCUGUUAGUGUCGUACGUGUUCCACUGCACGUGGGUGACGUCAGAGGCCUAUUCAUCGCCCUCCAUAGUUCUGUCAGCGCGGGCCCAUGACGGCGCUCGCAUUAUCUUCGAUGACUUCCGCGAGGCCUACACGUGGCUGAAGAUGAACACACCACAGAAUGCAAAAGUAAUGUCGUGGUGGGAUUACGGGUAUCAGAUAACGGCUAUGGCGAACAGAACGGUCAUAGUGGAUAACAACACUUGGAAUAACACGCACAUAUCUCGAGUGGGGCAGGCGAUGGCGUCCAGUGAAGAACACGCCUACGAAAUCAUGAGGGAGCUGGAUGUGGACUACGUACUUGUGAUAUUUGGAGGACUCGUGGGGUAUUCAUCUGAUGAUAUCAACAAGUUCCUGUGGAUGGUGCGUAUCGGAGGCAGCACGGACCGCGGCGCGCACAUCCGGGAGGCGGACUACUACACGGGCUCGGGCGAGUUCCGCGUGGACGCGCAGGGCUCGCCCACGCUGCUCAACUGCCUCAUGUACAAGAUGAGCUACUACAAGUUCGGCCUCGUCUACACCGAAGGAGGUCGGCCUCCUGGCUACGAUCGCGUACGUGGCGCGGAAAUCGGAAACAAAGAUUUCAACCUUGAUGUGCUAGAAGAAGCAUACACCACAGAGCAUUGGCUCGUGCGCAUAUACAAAGUAAAGCCGCUGCCCAACCGCGGCCUUUGAGCAAACAUGACAGACCUCAAAUGUGCUCCCACACAGUUUUUCUAAAACUUAUCUGCUACCAAAGACCAUCCAAACUUAAAUGGAGGAUGUUCUAAACAACUUUUUAGAUCAGAGAGC